AUGGCCGUGUGUAGAUUUUGGCAGCAGGGGAAUUGCAGAAACGGAGCUGAUUGCAGAUUCGAACACUCCGAUCAAAAUGCCAACUCCAAUAGGAACGGCUUCAACAAUCGAUAUGCGCCUCUUCAAAAUCAACCUUCCAACCAAUCCAACUCCAAAAAUUUCAAUACACAACGAGGAGGAUCUGAGGCGCAUAUACCUUUCAGUCUCGAUAAAGCGACUAUAAAGCAAGACCUCACGACCGACAGACCUCAAUGGAUUCUUUCGGCAUACGGACCUGGGCGCCAUGCGCCAGAGCAGUUGUUCGGUGGACCAGCGCGGGAACAAAGUUUUGAGGAAAUGCGCCUUCUUCAUUACAUUGCGGUAGCUUCUGGCAAUGCUCAACCAGCCAUACAAGAUGCAGAGAGGCUAUGGCAAGAAGCAGAUCAGCAAAUUCAGACUGCGCUGAAUGAUAUAGAUGGCGCCAUAAAUUACAUUGUCGCCUCCGACAGUAAGCAUCCAAAUCGGAAUGAUAUUUGUCAACAGGGCACCUCCCCAGACCAAACACCAUGGGUCCAGAGGAGCGACCAUCCUCCUGUAAACAAUGCUUUUGGUGCAGCCAGUCAAACGACUACAUCAGCAUUUGGGCAACCGUCUGCUCAAAAUGGCUCAGCCUUUGGACAGCCUUCAAGUCAGAACCCAGGUGCGUUUGGUGGGCCUUCUCAAGGCUUUGGAGUUGCAUCGCAAGUUGGGGCAUCUGGUGGUUUUGGUCAGCCGUCCGCUUUGGGCCAAAAGCCAAGUGCCUUUGGUAGUACGUUUGGACAGCCUUCACAACUAGAGCAAAGGGCUGGGGCUUUUGGAAACCCUUCAGUUCUGGGACAGACACCAAGUCCGUUCGGUGCACCCUCGAAUGGUGCCAUGAAUUCUGGACAGGCAGGCUUCUCCAAUUUCGGCGGUACAAGUAAUGCUUUUGCUCAACCAAAUUCAAAUCCCCUGGUAAACCCCGUGGGAGGUGCUUUUGGUUCCAAUCCUCUUCUUCCUGGGAUCCAGCAAUCGCAAGUCAAUCUGAUAACGCAAAACAACAACCCAUUAGCGCCCGUUAACUCUUUUAGUCAGCCUACUCCACCAAAUCCAUUUGGCUCAAAUUCCGGAACUACCCAAGCAUUCGGUGCUCCUUCUCCAGCACCAAAUAACCCCUUUGGAGCUCCAAGUUCUCAAUCUAUGAAUGCGAUGCAGAACCAAUUUACAACUCCUGCUACACAAACACAGCAGUUUGGUAAUCAGCAAGGUGCUAGUAAUCUAAAUAUGAUCUCUGGCGCUCCCCCUGCGAGACUUGGCUCCAAUAUGAACACUUUCAGUCCAAAUUUUCGACCACCACCAAAUGAUAACAUAGUACCGCAUCCUCCAGCUGAAAGUUACAUAAGGACUCGGGGUGACAAGUUAGAGUCUUUCAAUGGACUCCCAGUCGUGUAUCAGGACGGAGAGCCAGGGACAUCCGUAAAUGGUAAGUGGCACAAGAUAUGGUGCGCAAAGGGGUAUGCAGGGCCAAACAAAACUACCGAAAUUGAAAACGUGGCUUUUGAUGAGCCGACAACAGCUGCAUAUCUACAGGCCAGACGAACAGGAGCUUUUCCAGGUGGUGUUAUGCCUAUGAUGCCACCCAAGAGGGAAUGGUGCUUGUUCAACUUUUAA